AUGGCGACGACCGGCGUAGCCGGCCCAGUCAACGAGGUCGUCUACGAGCUUUACCCGCGGCAAGGUGGCGGUGCUGGCAGCGUGUCGACACUGACCGUCAACCCGGACAAGACGUACCAAAAGAUGGACGGGUUUGGGUUCAGCCUGGCCUUUCAGCGCGCCAACCUCAUCACCAACAUGAAGGACGCGGCCAAGCAGCGGCAGCUGCUGGACCUGCUGUUCAACACGACGUCGGGCGCCGGGUUCUCGAUGCUGCGCAACGGCAUCGGGUCGUCGCCCGACUCGAGCUCGGACCACAUGAACUCGUUUGCGCCCAAGAGCCCGGGCAGCCCGACGGCCAAGCCCAACUACCAGUUUGACGGCAAAGACUCGGGCCAGCUGUUUGUCAGCCAGGAGGCGUUCAAGACGUACGGCGUGCGCACCAUCUACGCGGACGCGUGGAGCGCGCCGGGGUACAUGAAGACGAAUGGCAACGAGGCCAACGGCGGGUCGAUUGCGGCAGACUGGAAGCAGGCGUAUGCGGACUACCUGUUGGCGUACGUCGGGUUCUACCGGGACGCGGGCGUCACGGUGUCGCACCUGGGCUUCCUCAACGAGCCCGAGUACAGCGCCAACUAUGCGUCGAUGGGGGCGUCGGGCGCGCAGGCGGCCGACUUUAUCAAGCUGCUGUACAAGACGAUCCAGGCACAGAACCUCACGGACUCGCUGGGCAUUGUGUGCUGCGAGUCGGAGGGCUGGGGCAACCAGGUCAGCAUGACGAACGCGAUCAAGUCGGCGGGCGCGGACGCCCUGGUCAAGGCCUUUAGCUCGCACACGUACACGAGCGGGCCCUCGGGCCCCAUGAACGUCAAGGUGCCCAUGUGGCUGUCGGAGCAGUGCGACCUGAACGGCGGAUGGUCGACGGCGUGGUCGGGGGGCGGCGGCGCGGGCGAGGGCAUGACGUGGGCCAGCAACAUUAUGAACGCGAUUGUGAACACGAACAUUGGCGGGUACCUCUACUGGGAGGGCGUGCAGGGGCCGAGCCCCAACACGAACGAGAAGCUGAUCAAGGUGGACAACAGCACGAACACGUACGAGGUGGCGAAGCGGCUGUGGGCGUUUGCACAGUUCUCGCGCUACGUGCGCCCCGGGGCCACGCGCAUUGCGGCGACGGGGGCGGGCACCGGUCUGCGGGCGGCGGCAUUCCAAAAUGUGGACGGCACGAUUGCCGUGGUGCUCAUCAACAGCGCGGCGUCGCCCAACACGGUGACGGUCAAGGUGGCGGGCGUGACGGUGCCCUCGACGGCGACGGGCGUGGGUCUCUGGGUGACGGACAACACGCACAGUUGUGAGAAGUCGACGGCGACAGUGACGGCAGACGGGGCUGUGUCCGGAUCGGUGCCGGGACACGGCAUGGGCACGUUCGUGAUUCCAGCAGCUGUGAAGACGUAA